GACUCGUGCGCCCCCUGGCGGGCGCGGAGCGGGGGCGGGGCCUCCGGCAGCGAGCGGCGCGCGGUCCCAGGUCGGAAACCAGAGCCCGGAGCGGCGAGCCUCGCGGAGCCGGGAUGCUGCGGACCGGAGCCCCCGCCGGGGACUUGCCCCGGGCAGGAGAAGUCCACACCGGGACAACCAUCAUGGCAGUAGAGUUUGAUGGGGGCGUUGUGGUGGGAUCGGACUCCCGGGUGUCUGCAGGGGAGGCGGUGGUGAACCGAGUGUUUGACAAGCUCUCCCCCCUGCACCAGCGUAUCUACUGCGCUCUCUCCGGCUCAGCUGCUGACGCUCAGGCCAUAGCGGACAUGGCCGCCUACCAGCUGGAGCUCCAUGGGAUGGAACUGGAGGAACCCCCGCUGGUUCUGGCUGCUGCGAACGUGGUGAGAAACAUCACCUAUAAAUAUCGAGAGGACUUGUCCGCGCAUCUCAUGGUAGCUGGCUGGGACCAACGCGAAGGGGGCCAGGUGUACGGGACCAUGAGCGGGAUGCUGAUUCGACAGCCCUUUGCCAUCGGUGGCUCUGGCAGCACCUACAUCUACGGUUACGUGGAUGCGGCGUAUAAACCAGGCAUGUCCCCGGAGGAGUGCAGACGCUUCACCACGAAUGCGAUCGCCCUGGCCAUGAAGCGGGACGGCUCCAGCGGGGGCGUCAUCUACCUGGUCACCAUCACAGGCGCUGGGGUGGACCAUCAAGUCAUCCUGGGCAACGAGCUGCCGAAAUUCUAUGACGAGUGAAACUCCUUCCUCAGACUCUCCUUUAUUUUGUAAUAAACUUUCUGGAACCAGAA